AUGAUUAGAACCAGAUUUAUCAGUACUAAACUGAAUGUAGCUUCACUCAUAAGGAACCCAACCGGAUCAUUGCAAUCUAACAUUUCCUCGGAUAAAAACGAUAUAAAACUCGAAAGGAUCAUCGACAACCAAAGAUUCAUCAUCCAGAACCAAUCAAUCAUUUUAACAUCGCUGGAUACGUUGGUUCGAGAAGUAGCUACAGGAUUUAAUAAAAAUAUUUCAAUAGACAUUAACAAUUUGCGUCAGAAUCUUUCAGAAGAGACUAUUAAAUCUUUCUGUCCAGUUGAUUCUCUUGAUAAACUCAAAGAUUUUGAAGAGAAAUUAAAAAUAGAAAUGUUUCGGCAAAGUAUAAUCGAUCAAUUGUCUGUAGUGUGUGGUACAUCCGGGGUAAAAAUAGGUAUUGACAGUUGUUACAAACUAAUAGAUCACUUCUUGACACGCGAUUUCGUCCUGCAAUGCUCCUGGACCGGAAACAGUAGAGCAGGAGAAUCCAAGGUAGCCUUAAAAUAUUUCAUCAAUUUCAGAAAAAUUUUCUUGGAUAUCGUAAGGCUAACAGAUAAGACUUUCACCGAAAUGGAUUGUGAUAAUUUUUUUAAAAGGAUCAUGAAGAAUAGUACGCAAAGACUUAAAUCUAAGACUAUUUGUUCGCAUAAAAAUAGACCUACCAAUUUGACGUAUAGAAGGAGGUUCCAAUGGAAUUUAUUAAACGAUUUAAGCUCAUUUAGUUUAUUGUUUAAAGGAACAGAAGUAGCUGGAAAUAUAUUUAUUAAAAGAGAAUUCGAAUCAGUGGAACAUAAAAUAAAACCGAUAGAACCAGAUCUAUCGAAAAACGUUGAUCCUCCAAUCAAGAAACGCAGAGGUAGACCCAAAGGCAGCAAAAACAAGAAGUAUAAAGUUCAAGCACCGAGGCGACCACGUGGUAGACCACCUAAAAAACCCGCAAACUUUUGUUGUCUUGAAAAUCAGGAAAAUUUGCAGUUUAAAGCGAAUUUAAAACAGACACAUGAAAACCAAAAUCAAUCAUCAAAUUUAAACACCGUCAUCAAAGAUGAUAUUACUGGAAUUGUUAUAAUUUAAUUUGUUUUUGUAUUUUUGUUUGAUAUGCAUUUGGUUAUAAAUAAUUUUAUUGAAACUAUUUUAAAAAUCAACAAAAUAGUAUCCUAGUUAUGUUGGUAAAUGGUGUUAUAAUCCUUUUGUCAGAUGUUUUUACAAAAUAAAGUUCUAUAAUAAAAUCGGUG